AUGGACCUCGGAGGAGGAGGAGGCUCAGGCAGUGUGGAGGUGCAGCUAAUCUACUCCAUCACCAUGCCCCUCUCCAGCACCAUCAUCCUGACCAACCUGCUCAUCAUCCUGGCCAUCGGCUGCAACCGCCGGCUGCACACCACGCCCAACUACUUCUUCCUGAGCCUGUUGGUGGCCGACCUGGGCAUGGGUGUGGCGCUGCCCUUCAUCCCCUGGAUGGGCCUAAGCCGGCCGCUGAGCUUCGGCGCGUGCCUGAUGGUGCACGUGCUGCCCAACUUCCUGUUCCUGGCCUUCCUGUUUAACCUGGUGAUGGUGCACUACGAGCGCUACCUGAGCAUCGUGAGCCCGCUGCGCCACCGCUCCUUCUGGGUGCACCGGCGCUUCCCGCUGGUGCUGCUGGCGCUCUGGCUGCCGCCGUUGCUCUUCGCCCUGCUGCCGGCGUUCGGCUGGAACAACCGGCGCGGUGCGACGGCCGGCGCCAGUACCAAGCCCAACUGCUCGCUAUCGGCCGCUGCGGGCAGUGGUUCGGGCGAGCGCUGCUGCACGUAUCGCCACGUCUUCCCCAACGCCUUUAUCUACCUGGAGGUGUACGGCAUCCUGUUGCCCGCCAUCCUGUCCAUCGCCAUGAUGACGGGCCGGGUGCUGUGGAUCACGCACGGCCAGCUGAAGGACAUCCGCCGGCUGCAGCGCUCGGUGACGGGCCGAGGCCGAGGAGGUAGGCAGCUGGGGGUGGACCUGCGCUAUGCCCGCUGCGUGGCGGCCGUCUCGCUGACCUUCCUGGCCUGCUGGGUGCCCUACAUCAUCUACACCCACGUGGGCAUGGCCUUCCUGCUGCGGCCCGGCGCCGAGGGCAACCCCACCGCGCACAUCGUACUGUCGUGCGCCGGCAUGGGCGGCAUGGCCGUGGUGCCGCUUGUGCUGGGGCUUGCCAACCGGGAGUACACUGACCCCGUACGGAAGUUCUUACACAAACUCCACAACCGCUGGCGGCGGAGGAGGUGGGAUGCGGAGAGUAUUGCCCUGUGAUGCCUUUCCUAGAAUGCAUUGUGUGAAUUCCUAUCCAGGAUUUUGCAACAGGAAUAGGACAUUGAGGAAAUAUUGGAUAGCUGAUAUGAGGACUGCUUAUUUUUUGCCAAUUUCAGUGGAAAGAAAAGACCUCCAAACAAAGGUUCAAAUGCAAACAGUUUUGGGCAAGACCCAAGCUACUGAGUGACAGGAAGUGAUUAAUAAAUUGUUUCUCUCUUUUCAUGAGGACCAAUUGGAUGGCUAAAUUAGGUUGUUUCUUUAUUGACACCAACAUUAGAAAACCAACCUUAACCCAAACUAUAAACCAUUUAGUUCAAAUUGUUUCUGUGCAAGAGAACAUAUUUAUGUAGAGAAUACUAGUAGUGGAGAACUUAUGCCAUAAGCUGUUUGCAUGAACUCAUUUCUGGAAAGUGUUAUAUGAACACAGAGAACUUAUUGCUGAGAUGACCAUCACUAAUCCCUGAAGUGUGACAUGAUUACCCUUAAUGGGAGUUCUGUGAAAUCAUAGACCCUGAUACUACUGUUGCUGUAUUGUUAUACUGUUACGAAUCUGGUUCAGUAUUUGACAACAAGACAGUUCUGUUAAGAAUGCAUGAAGCAUGCCAUGUCUCUUUGAGUCUACCCCCUUAUUCAAAGAGUCAUUCAAAUAAUACUCUCUGUGUGUUAUGUUCACCCAUUUAAGCCCAAAUUUUUCCCAGACAUGCAAAUAUGCAAAUCAUGUGUUAUUAGCAUCCCUUUGAAGUAAUCCAUAAUUAUUAUUUUUUUAAAUGUAGAAAAGUAGAUGAAAAAGUGAGUUUUUUUACCGGUGGGAUAAAUAUACUCAAUUAAAGGUUGCUCAAAUUGCUUUUUUGUUAA